UAAUGAUCAUGACCGACGCACUCAAGAUGACCGACAUGCAGCAACGUGCCAGCAUCGAGUACGAACGGCAGCGCCACCUGGCGAACUGGCUGAUCGAAUCGAGCCCACACAUGCCGAAACCAACCGCCGCCCAGCAGAAGCAGCUCCAGCAGCACCAGCAACAGCUGCAGCAGCAACAGCUCCAACAGCUAGCCGGCACCAAGCAGCCCAAGGGCGCCAAGCUUAAACCGAGCCCAAUGUUUCUGUUGGCAAAAAUCGGCCACAACGUGAGCCUUGCCGUUGGUGGAGGAGGCACCACUGUCGGAGGUGGUGGUGGUGGUGGAGGCGGAAACUCCCUCGUAGCCGGUUCGACGUUCAACUCCCAAACGAACCUCCCGCUGCAGAUCCUGGCCCCGGGUGGGGGUCGUGAAGGCAACAAACCGAAGCUAAGACGUUUCAACUCCCACGACACUAGCGCCAACAUGUUCUCGGUGGCGGAUUUUGAAAACGCACGCUUAGCUCGCCGAAAUGAGCUGGAAAAUGCGGCUCUACUGCGGCAGCGAACCACCCGGUACAAGCUUAACUCGUUGUCCUCCGGUGGAGGUGGUGCUGGUGGUGGUGGUGGGAUGGGUGGUGGUGGCGGGGACUGCUCGACGGGGGAAAGCAAGGGCUCGAAGUUGAGCUCGAACGAAUCGACAACGGAACCGCUGAUUGCGGAACAGUUCCUUGAGCGGUUCUCGUUACCCCGCGUCAUCCGCCUCUCGUACACUUCCACCAUCUCACCGACCUCGGGAGGAGCGGGAGGGCAGCCGGGGGAUCAGACAAUGACGUCAUCGAGCUCGGCCGAAUCGAGCAGUACCGCGGAACGCCCAAACGGAAAUGCCACCCCGAAAGGGAAGGGCAAGAAGACGAAGGGUGGCUCAGUACCGAUGGGAGCCGGUGGAGGAGACUUGUUCCUGUUGUACCGGUAUAUGCGAGGUUACAGGAGCUACCACGUGUUCAACACCAAGGCUGGUACGAGCAGGAAGAAGGGCUACAAGAUACCGCACGAUUUUCCCGGGUACUUCUCCUUCAUCAACGACAAGGGCGCUCCGACGGCAACCAUCUACACUACGAUCGUGCAGCUGGUGCGGGAUCAGGUGUACAAGUUCCUCUCGCUGGACAACCUCUCCGCCUACACGGAAUCGCACGACAACUUCAGCCACAAGACACACUACGUGAAGGCGACGGCCAAAGCCGGCCAGGUGUACCGGUUGCUGGCGGUGUUCCAGGAUGGUGACCACAAAUCGACGACCGGUGCAAACCACAAGGACGGUUCGGGCACCGGAACCGGUGGAAGUGUUGGUGGGCGUGAGAAGGAACGCGGAAAGUACGCCCAACUGCUGGAUGACAAUCGGCAGGUGUACUACGUGUCGCUGUCCGCCAAAGGGAAGUUCUACGAAAUCGAGCAGCACAGCGCACCGGUUCUGCAGAAACACACCAACUUCGGGAACCACCAUCAGCUGCACAGCCUGCAGAGUGGAAACAACACGAGCGGUAGCAGCAACACCGGCACCGGGGGGGCCCAGAAUGGGCACCGGAAACCGAAACAGCUCAGCCGGGAUUGUGUGCACCGGAUCGGGUUCAUCAUGCAGUCGGAUCCGUGUUUGCCGCUGAACUUGAAGCUCAUCUCGCCGCAGAUCGGUGGCCACUCCUCGAACGUGCCUGAGUACGUGACGAUCGCGAAGAUCAGUGAGGAGAACUUCCUGAUCGCGUGCCCACUGGAUGAGCAGCAGCUGACGACGACGUUGACGCUGACGAAGCUGCACCUUACGCCGCAGAUGAAGUUUGCCAAGUGCACGAUGGGUUUCGAGAACGAGCAGCACAUGUUCCUGAACGCGAACGUGCAGACGGUGCUGAAGUUUUGCCAGUUUAAUGCCGACACGUUCCUGUGCGUUGUGGAUCACGAGACGAACGCGGUUGAGCUGCAGCAGAUGAGUGCGCUUUCCGGUGGUCCUGGGCAGUCGCUUACGCUGGCGACGACGACCACGACUGGACCGAGUUCGCUAGGAUCGAGCGCAAGUGGUGGUGGCGGUGGUGGAGGUGGAGGUGGUGGUGGGGCCAAACACGAGUCCAAAGGCGCGGAUGUCCUGAGACGAUUUGGCCGGCUGUUUGGUGGUGGAUCUGGUGGUGGCAACGACCGGAACGGUUCCGGUCACGAGAAAGAGGAUUCCAUCAUAUUUUUAAGUAAAAAUGAUCUGGAAAGUCUCGAAUGCGCCGGUGGCCGAGAGUUGAACCGACUGGAGGGUGAACACCUGCAUCACCAGCAUCAUUUGCACAGCCACCAACACCACCAUCACAGCCUGGUGGAUGACCGGACGCUUGGGGAUCGAUCGGAGGGCAAUCCAUCCGAACCGCACUCACUUCCGGUGCCAAGCUUCCGGAGCGAGAAGAUGAAGGUGUUCGCGUCACCGAGCGGUAAAACGAAGGAGCGAACCGGUGGAGCAGCUGUGUCCUCGGCAUCAGGACGAUGGUUCCGAGGAUUCGGUGGUCGAUCGGGUGGAAAUGAGCCCGUGUCAGCGGAUGACGAGUGGGACAAACGGACGAGCCUCGAUCGCUACCGGGACAUGUCCAAGUUGAUUCAGGAGCGCUUCGGGACGCUCGGCAUGCUAUCGGUUUCGUCCCGUGCGGCCAGCACCGACCGGAUCAGCGUGUUCGAUGAUGGCACGAUGGUGAGCCUUAACCCAGCGUCCUCGGUGGCCAGUGUGGGUGCGCGCGAGAAGUGCCUCUCGUUGCAGCACAUCGAGCAGAAGAGUAAACCGGAUCUGGUUCCGCCACAGCAUGCCGGUAACGGAUCGACGCGGGCCGGUGAAAAUGAUGCCGACGAUACCGGGAGUGAGGUGGCAGUUUCUGAGCUUGGAGAUGGGAAGUUUUUCCCGCAGCGCCACAGCACCAACCAGCAGUCGUUUAUGACGCAGAAGCUGUACAGCGAGUUCCACGUGAAGACGAAGCAGUACAGCAAGUCGUCCUCGAGCAUCCAGCAGCUGUUGCAUCUGGCGAGCGGCAGCCAACCGGUCCGGUCGGGGCCGUGUAGUGAGCUGGCAAGCGGCAAGAAAGGUGGCAUGUUGAAGGGGCGUUUCCGGAGCAGCGGCAGUAGCCAUCAGGUGCGAAACGGUCACGAGGUUGUGCUGUCGUUCGAGGAUCUGCGCUGCAUGAACAACGCGAGUGAUGAAUCGAUCGAUCGGCAGCAUGAAUCCAGACCGGCCACCAGGCGCACGAAGGUGGUGUCCUUGCGGGAACCAUCACCGGUUGCCGUGGAUGCGACGAUCUUGGACGAUCUGCCGUACAGCAGCGUGCGGGACUCGAUCGUGCUGCAGACGGAUGGAACCACCGUACCGGUGGAGAGCAUUUACGCGGAAAUCUGCGCCGAUGGGCCGGCUGCGAUGGCCUCGGUCGGUGGUGGCGUUUCGACGGUGGCACCUCCAAAACCGCCAACCUUGCAGCCACUGGAGAAGCGAUUCGUGAGCAUCCGCAUCAAUGUGCCACCGUGCGACAGCGCUGGGUCGGGUCCGGUGAGCCUCAAUCCGGCCGGUGCUACCAGCAACACCAACCGCAGCAGCAGCCACAGUAGCAGCAACAGCAACAGCAGCAACAGCAGCAACAACAGCAGCCGCUGUUCGUCGGCCGUCUCUAGUCCGCUCGAAGACAACAUCUACAACACGAUCAAGUAG